CGGGGCGGGCGGGAGGGUUCAAGGAAGGUUUAGGGUUUAGGGCCUUCACUCCGUUCGGUGCCAAUUUCGUCCCCAGAGCACCGGAGUCGCUCCGAUUAGCUCCAACCCACUGUCGGAUCCCGGCGGGGGUCGGGUUUUGUUAUCAAGCUUCGCAAGGAUGAUCGGACUGGCCUACACGGAGGGAUUGGAAUCAGUGCUUUUUGCGCUUUUGCAGGAUGUCGGUGCCCGUGAAGGGGACAGUGCUAUCAUCUUCUCCCUGUACGCUUAAGGAGUCUUCGAGUUUUCUCAAGCGUUUUCUGAACAGCGAAGUUCUGCCUGAGGAAGGUUUGCUGAGAGGCUACUUGACCAGCGUCGCGAGCGCCAUCGAGGAAGGAGUCACCAGGCACAAAUCCAACAAGCAACGCAGUCAGUUGUAUGGCAAGACAGAGGAGGUGAUUCAGGAAAGCAAAGGGUCGAAUAUUAAACUAGAAGUUAAAUCCGAACCAAUAGUGAACGGUGGCAAGGAAUCACAUUCUUCCCACUCCAAGAGGAAGGACAGGGCCGUAGACGGAAAGGAGCACGACAGCGGUAGCAGUAAGAAGGUCAAGAAGAAGGUGAAGAAAGAGCUCUAGAGAGGUGUAGACUCAUCACACUAUGAUCAACCCGAGGAUACCGGAGAAGUGGUACAAGUGAUCUUGUGUGUUUUAACCUCAUCUACCUAAAGCAUGCCCUGAGCGAAUUGCUGCUGUUGUUCAGCGCAUUAGUGCCCGAUGGAGUCAUUGCUCAAGGACGAUGUUACCUUGGAGGUCACCACCGUCACCGACGCUCUGAUGGAAGAAGUUGUAGUUUCUCCUGUGCCUGUCCAAGGUGGCGAUGCUACCGACACAGUCUCCAUGGAAGAAGAGUCGACGAAGAAUGAGAAGAAAAGAUCCAGGGAAGAAGUAGAGACAGCAGCCGAGGACGAGUCCGAAAAGACUCCCAAGGCCGCGAAAACCGAAACAGGAGGUGCUGCUGAGGUUGAAGAAUCUCUGACUUCCGAACCCUUGUGUGGGGCAGAAGUAAAGACGUCAACAGGAGUCUUGACAGGUGAAGGUGAAGAUGAAGGUGAAGCAGGCAAUACGAAGAGGUUGAAAAAGAGGAAAAUUGCGAUGAUAGUUGCCUAUUGUGGAGCUGCCUACCAGGGAAUGCAACGCAACCCUGGAGCCAUCACUAUAGAAGGAGAGCUUGAACAAGCUCUUUACCGAGCUGGAGCAAUAUCGAAGGAGAAUUUUGGUGUACCGAGGAAGGUAGACUGGAUGAGAGCUGCUAGAACAGACAAGGGAGUUAGUGCCAUAGGUCAAGUUGUUUCAGGUCAGUUUAUUAUAGAACCUGAAGGUUUUGUAGAACGGGUAAAUUCAUUUCUUCCCAAGGAUAUCGUCGUCUUGGGAUUCAAGAGAGUUACUGCAUCCUUCAAUGCGAAAAAGCUCUGUGACAAAAGGAGGUACGAGUAUAUCAUUCCUGUGUAUUGCUUUGAUCCCAGUAAACACUUGGACAGAGAAACUGUCAAUGCACUGAAAGUAGAGGAUAAGGAGAAACCAAACGAAAUUGGCGCAGAAGGCGCUAUGGAGGAAGCCAAAACUGACGGUGGAGAGACUGUCACUCCAACCGAGGUCAGGGAGACGGUUGUAGAUGAGAUAGUAGUUAUUUCAAACAUUACAACGGAGGAAUCAAAAAGUGGAAGUGGAGAGACACUCACUUCAGUUGAGGACAAGAAUGAACAUCCAAAUGGACCGACAGUCUUACAGGCUGAUGUGAAGGAGAAAUUUGUAGAUGGACAGGUAUGUGCACGAAUCGAAGUCAUGGAGGACCUUGAAUCUGCAGCAGGAGUUACUCCACCCCAGGUGGAAGGGAAGAGUGCUUAUCGGUUUGAUGAGUCCGAAAUGAAUCGGUUGAAUAGAGUUUUGGCCCGCUACAAAGGCACUCACAAUUACCACAACUUCACGGCACGGACACAAGCCGAGGACCCCAGCGCCCACCGAUUCAUCUUAUCAUUUGAAGCAGAGGAUGUUUUCACAGUGAAUGGCAUCGAGUUCGUGCGUUGUCAUGUAAUCGGCCAAAGCUUCAUGCUUCAUCAGAUUCGGAAGAUGGUCGGUCUUGCCGUAGCGAUCAUGAGGGGUGCCGCUCCGGAAAAUAUCAUGGACUUCGCUUUGAGAAAAGAUACGAAGUUGAACGUGCCAAUGGCUCCGGAACUGGGCCUGUUUUUGGAGGAAUGUUAUUAUUCGUCAUACAACAGAAAGUUUCAAUCGUCUCAUGAGGAGUUGUCGUUGAAAGACUUCAAGGAUGCUGUCAAUGAGUUCAAGAAGAGUGUUAUCUAUCCGCACAUUGCUGCUACGGAGGCAAGAGAAAAUGUAUUUCCAUUAUGGCUGCAUGGAAUGAAUGAUCGCCAUUAUCCAGACUUCGUAGCCGCCAGGCAAGGGACCUACAAGCCAGGAAAUCUAGCCAAGAAGGCUGGAUAGUUCCUUUAUGGUCCUUAAAUCCACAAUUUUUUACGCCCGCUGUUACUGUAUCGGGGCGUCAAGGUAGUUCGUCUUCCUUCAAGUAUUCAUGAAGGGUCUCUUAAUUACCGACGGUAGAAUAUGACAAUUAGAUUUGUAUCAAUUAUUGUCAUCAAACAUGUACACAGUAGUGCACGUUUGAUGCUCUCAAUUUUGGUCUAUUUACAUCUCCACAUUUCAGUUUUCUCCAGGCAAUUAGACGGUGCGUUUAGAAUGUCGGGUGAAACCUUUCAGCGUUCACUUGCUGCUAUUCACACCAGUAAGAAUGAAUACGAUUUCCUUCGAAACGGUUUUCGAGCAGUGUGUUGUAUGAUCGAGUGGCCUGAAGGUUGACAUACGAAUUUUUAUCCCAG